CUAGAGUCAUUGGAAAGAACAAAGCAAAGAAGCUAUGGCAGAAGAAGAAGUAAAGGUUUUCAGAACAUGGUCAAGUCCAUUUGCUUUAAGAGUGAUAUGGGCACUCAAACUGAAAGGGGUUGAGUUUGAUACUGUGUAUGAAGAUCUCUCCAACAAGAGCCCUUUGCUUCUCAAAUACAACCCUGUUCAUAAGAAGGUCCCUGUGCUUCUGCACAAUGGGAAACCCAUCUGUGAAUCUCUUGUUAUUCUUGAAUAUGUAGAUGAGACAUGGCCACAAGUUCCGUUGUUGCCUCAAGAUCCUCAUGAGCGAGCCAUGGCUCGCUUCUGGGCCAAGUUUGGCGAUGAUAAGGUAUUACCAUCAAUAGUAUAUGGGAUUCUGUUCAAGCAAGGAAAAGAGCAAGAGGAAGAAAUACCAAAAGCAAUGGAGAAUUUGCAGUUUUUAGAAGAGGAACUAAAAGGAAAGAAAUUCUUUGGAGGAGAGGAAAUUGGAUUAGUGGAUCUUGCAUUGGGAUGGCUUGCAUAUGAGUUGGGUAUAUUUGAGGAAGUGAUGGGUCUAAAACUCAUAGACCAACAAAAAUUCCCACAAUUGGCACAAUGGAUUCAAGAAUUCUCAAAUGUCCCAAUCAUCCAAGAAAAUUGGCCACCUCGAGACAAGCUUAUUGCCAAGUUUGCUGCCUGUCGUGAGGCCGCCCUUGCAAAAGCAGGACUUUAAGGUUGUUCUGAGCUUUCACUUGUCGCGCAAAUAGGAAACUAAACAAGCCCUCUGUGCCAUCUUAUGUAUUUGGCUUCUUGCAUCUUGAAUUGGGCUUUCUUGCCCGUGUACUCUUUGGAUUUGCUAAUAAAAGUACUGGGAACUGUUUGCAAUGAUUAAA